AGAGAGAGAGAGAGAGAGAGAGCCCUUGUUUCCAACUUUCCAUAUCUCUUAUUGAGUUAUUACUAUUAGUUUUUCUUAUUAUUUUUCGCCUUCGCUCUGCUGCCCUUCCGACCCAAAUCGUUUCUCCCUUCUCUGUUUUCUCGCCUGACAAGGGGAGAAAACGGCUUCGGUUCGAUAGUAACAAGCUCUGUUCUGCAUUACAGGGCGCAGGUGAAAGAUUGCCAAGGGAUAAUUUUUCGAGUGGGUCAUGGCUGGGAGUGUGAGCGAAGAAUAUGGGGCUGGAAGGUCUUCGGAGGGGAUUUCAAGUGGGCAGCGUUGCCAAUCUGGGGAAGCUCUGGCAGAAUGGCGGUCCUCUGAGCAGGUUGAAAAUGGAACCCCGUCUACUUCACCCCCUUACUGGGACACUGACGACGACGAUGAUUGUGGGCUAAAACCAUCUGAGCUAUAUGGAAAAUUUACAUGGAAGAUAGAGAACUUUUCACAGAUUAACAAAAGAGAACUUCGGAGUAAUGCAUUCGAGGUUGGCGGUUACAAAUGGUAUAUUUUGAUCUACCCACAAGGGUGCGAUGUUUGCAACCAUCUUUCUUUGUUUCUUUGUGUAGCUAAUCAUGAUAAGCUUCUCCCAGGAUGGAGUCAUUUUGCUCAGUUUACAAUAGCUGUGGUGAAUAAAGAGCCAAAGAAAUCUAAGUACUCGGAUACAUUGCACCGGUUCUGGAAGAAAGAGCAUGAUUGGGGGUGGAAAAAGUUUAUGGAGUUGUCAAAGGUUCAAGAUGGUUUUAUUGUUGGUGACACUCUUGUUAUAAAGGCUCAAGUCCAAGUUAUUAGGGAGAGAGCAGACCGCCCUUUUCGUUGCCUUGAUUGUUUGUAUAGGAGAGAACUGGUUCGAGUAUAUCUAACGAAUGUUGAGCAAAUUUGUCGGCGCUUUGUGGAAGAGAGGAGAGGCAAGCUUGGGAAGUUGAUUGAGGACAAAGUGAGAUGGUCAAGCUUCUGCGCUUUCUGGUUAGGAGUUGACCAGAAUGCAAGGCGUCGCAUGUCCAGGGAGAAAACUGAUGUGAUCUUGAAGGUUGUUGUGAAGCAUUUUUUUAUAGAGAAGGAAGUCACCUCUACGUUGGUAAUGGAUUCACUUUAUAGUGGUUUGAAGGCUCUUGAGGGCCAGAGCAAGAGCAAGAAAGGGAGAACAAAACAAUCGGAAAAUGAAGAAACCCCAGCUCCUAUUGUUCGGGUAGAGAAAGACAUAUUCAUUUUGGGAGAUGAUGUGUUACUGCUACUCGAAAGGGCUGCGUUGGAGCCACUGCCUCCGAAGGAUGAGAAGGGUCCUCAAAAUCGUACGAAGGAUGGGAGUUCGGGAGAAGACUCCAACAAAGAUUCCAUUGAACGUGAUGAAAGGCGUCUGACAGAACUUGGUCGGAGGACUGUAGAAAUUUUUGUGCUUGCCCAUAUUUUCAGCAAUAGUAUUGAAGUUGCAUACCAGGAAGCUGUUGCUUUGAAGAGGCAAGAGGAGCUCAUACGUGAGGAAGAGGCAGCUGGCCAAGCUGAAAGUGAACAAAAGGCUAAACGUGGAGCUGCUGAAAAGGACAAGCGCUCUAAGAAAAAACAGGCUAAACAAAGACGUAGCUGUCGCAAAGGAAAAGAUAGAGAAAGAGAUGAAAAGCCCAAUGUGGCUGUACAAGAUAAGCACCAACAACAGAGCAAUACUGAUGAGAGAACUGUGGACAUACCUGAAAAGCAGGCGAGGUCUGUGCUUGAACAGCCUGACGUGCUGGAAGAUGUUUCUGACAUAUCUGAUAUAGGAGAUUGUGUUGCUGAGUCGCAGCUUGAUUUAGAAGACAGAGAUGCUAAUCCUGUCAAUUGGGAUACAGAUGCAUCAGAAAUUCAUGCUGUGACGGAAGCCAGUAGCAGCGGAAUGAGUAGCCUACCUGUACACAAUGGACGAGUAGAGAAGAAGAGCCCAUCUGUAAUGGAUGACAGCUCCUCAACAUGUUCUACAGAUUCAAUUCCAUCGGUGGUAAUGAAUGGGCCUUGUAGAGGGAACUCCUCACCAAACUUCAAAAGUCAGACAUCUCCUGGCAGGGGGAAGAACCGGCAUGGUAAGGAGACACAAGACCAGACUAGUUGGGGCCAUGAAGAUAACCAGCCAUCUGACCCAACAUCAGAUAGUGUACCCCAAAAUGAUGCUUCUGACAGCUGUACAGCACUUGAACCUGAACCAGAAUCAGAAGCUGUUGUGGAAUCCUUGAAAGAUCGGAUACAGUGGCUUGAGCAGCAUUUGGUUGAGAAGGAAGAAGAAGUUAGUUCGCUGCAAAAAAAAUUAAGUGUGAAAGAUCAGGAUGAUGUUGAAAUACCUGUAAAACAGAGCACGACAGUGGAAUCAUCAGUAUCCUCUCCUAGCAGUCCCAGCAUAAAUUUUGGGCAGCCAAAGUCAGUAGCAGAGAGCACUGCUCCAGCUGAGCCAGUUCCAGUUAGGGAGACGUCUUCAAAUAGCCCCCGACAAAUGGAAAAAGGGGUUCCUCAAAUAACACAAGCAUCCCAGAUUCCUGAUUUGUCCAAAUUAGAGGUUCAAAGGCCUGUGUCAUCAUCAAAAAUGGCAAUGCUUCCGGCAGAGAAGCCAACAGCACAGCAAGUCUCUUCAAUGUCUCGGCCCUCAAGUGCUCCCCUGAUUCCUGGUCCCCGACCCACUGCCCCCAUUGUUUCCAUGAUUCAAACACCACCUUCAUUAGCACGGUCAGUGAGUGCUGCCGGAAGAUUGGGCACUGACCCCUCGUCAACAACCCACAGUUAUGUUCCUCAUUCCUAUAGAAAUGCCAUAAUGGGUAAAACUGUGUCUGCAAGCACAGCUGGUUUUGUACCUCGUCACUCAAACUCCAUUGCAAAUCCUUCUCCUGCCUUCUCACAACCCCAAUCUUUGAUGGCAUCCUCACCAAUGCAUUCACCUCAGUUUUCCACAGAGAAGGAUCAAGGCAUGGUUGGGUCAGACUUCACUUUUGGCACUUUUACACCCGAGAUACUGCAGAAUCGACCUCAGUGGAUGGAAGAGUGCUCCCGAAGGGAUGCAAACAGUGCACUGUGCAGUCCAUCCCUGUUGAAUGGCAUUCAAAACCUUGAUUUCUAUGGGUCUGGCAGCCGUGGUUCUCGGACAUACUUCAGUGAGGAGUUGCCUGCUGGUCUCUCAUCUCGCCAAGCACAAGGUUCGUCAGCAGAUGAGUUUCCACACCUUGAUAUCAUCAACUACUUGCUUGAUGAGGAACACAGCAUGGGGAAGGCAGCCAAGGCCAGUGCAGUCUUCCAUGGUACAAAUAAUGGGCAUCAUCACCCCUUGAGUCGGCAGUUAAGUUUUCCUAGUGAUAUGAGUAUGUCCAUGGACAUGGGCCCUUCAGUCAACUGUUGCAGGUUAGAUCGUCCAUCUUCAUCUGGCUACAGUGAAGAUGGGAUGCAGAGGAUGUAUGGCUCCCCUGGUAGUCACUUUGAUGGGCCAAGGGAUGUGAUUCCGCAUGGUGUGUCAGGCUAUAGUAAUGGUCAAAUUGAUGGUGUGAUGCGGAACCAGUGGCCACUAGGUGUUGUUGAUUCAUCUAUGCUUAGCAUGAGGAAUGCUGAGGGUGAUGUUUACCCAUUUCAGCCACCAGAUUAUUCAAAUUUGGCAUGUGGGGUCAAUGGUUACACUGUUUUUCGGCCUUCAAAUGGGCAUUGAAAGGGGUUACCAGGACUGACGGAAUGCGCCUGCAAUUAAUUGGUCAUCAUCAUCUGUCAUAAUAAUGUAUUUCUGGAAAUUCCCCUUCUCGGGUUUGGGAGUGAGGUUGUAAUCCUUCCUUUAGAAAACGUUAUGUAAAGAGUGAUUCUGCCUUCUUUACUUCACAUCAGCCUUUGUUUUCGUGUGUCGUCUGAUAUAGGAGAGUGUGUCGUCUGAUAUAGGAGAGUGAAUGCUUGCUAGAUUCCAUGGGUUAUUAAGUUCUGGCAAUCAAUUGUUCCUCUUUGGGACUUGCUGGAGUCCAUCCCAUGUGGUUGCUGUAGUGAUGGUGGUCUUGGUGAUCAAAUGUAGAUGGUGUCCAUAAGUGAAUAACUGGUGCAUCAAUCUAUAAGUAAUACUAACAAGCCAAUUUUCUCGGCAA